GGAAAGAGCUCAGUAAAAGCAGCAUAUCUGUACCACACAGUGGUCUGUAUAUUACUAGCAGUCCCUGACCCGUUGUUGUAACAUGCAUACUAUGGUACUAGCAUAUGCACGUCAAGUCACAUCAUCGCUCUCCACAACUCACGACGGCUUCAUCAAAGUAUCAGAAGCUACUCUCGAAGGCGAUUCUUUUACAUGCUAAUGGCGCAGGAAGCGAUGGUGGGCGUCGAAACCAUGGCCGAUACAACGUCAUGAUGGCCAUGCUUUGAACAGAGUGGGCACAGGCGCAGCCAGAUCGAAGCCCAGCCAAGCAAACGCGGCAAAUACGCAUCCCAGUUUUACGUGAAAUCAGGCAAAACUAGAGAGCUAAAAUGCGCGCGGAUGCAAAGUUGGAUUAGAAGUGUCUUCUUGACCUAAUUUUCGCAGUUACUGAUUUGACAAAUCAAUGGAGAAAGUAAAUACAUUUUUGUCGGUUUGCCUGGAAAACGACUUAACAGGAGUGCGUAAUUUAUUGACAAAUGGUAUUCUAGUUGAUGCUCAGGAUGCAGAAGGCACAACGGGGUUGCAAAUUGCAGCUACGAACGGGUACAAAAAGUUGGCCGAACACCUUGUGGAGCAAGGCGCUGAUGUUAACCUCACGAACAGCUGUGGUUGGACACCGCUUAUGCAUGCUGCGCAGCAUGGUCAGGUGUCUGUAGUAACAUUGCUAUUAAAUUACGGUGCGAGCGUAAAUGCUACCAGCCUCUUAGGUGCUGGUGCACUAGCAUUGGCUGCAGCUGGUGGUCACCACUCAACCGUCUGCCUCCUGCUGGAAGCAGGAACAGAUAUUGUAACCAGUGCUUCCCAUUCUGGCUCGAGACUUGCUCCUUUAGCUGCUGCUGCUAUCAAUGGACAUGUGUCAGUCAUUGGUGUCCUUCUUCAGAGGGGGACCUCUGUCAACCAGGCGCUUCUAGCAACUGGCACAACUCCUCUCAUGCUGGCUGCAAGCAGUGGUCACCUUCGUGUAGCACAGAUGCUCAAGGACCAUGGUGCUGACCCAAACCAGCAGGAUUUCUAUGGCAAAACUGCCUUGGAUGUCGCCACAGCAUGUUCAAACAUGGAAGUAGCUGAAUACCUUCGAAGCAUGACACAAAUGACGUUAAACCAAGAGUACAACCCAACCAUAAUUGAUGUCUUCAAAGCUAUUGCAGAGGGCAACUUGAAGGAAUUGAACAGAAUCUUGAAGGAACAUCCAUCUUGCACCAACUGGUGCCACCUAAAGAAGGGCACCACUCCCUUAAUGCAUGCAGCCAUAUUGGGCUGUAUGGAUGCUGUCACACUUCUAGUAAAAAAUAACGCUGAUCUGGAGAUGCAAGACUACUCAGCUGGCUGGACAGCACUCAUGCAUUCUGUAUAUCAUGGGCAUGUCAACAUUGUUCGCUACCUCAUUAGCUCUGGUGCUGACAUCUGUGUGGAAGCUUUCAAUGGUGCCACUGCUCUUGAUAUUGCUUGUUAUCUUGAGAACGGAGAUGCAAAAAUCAUGCGAAUACUGGCUGACCAGACAGUUGCCCGCAUGUCAACACCGCCAAUAACAGGGAACGAGAGAACACCAAGUGAUUCUCAGCACUUGAAGGCACUUAAGGGCUGGAUUGGUCAUGUAACACAGAAGUUGACACCGUGGAAAGGUAGACAGCUAGUGCAAAAAAGUGUCAGUCAAGCAGCCAACCUGCCUAGCUCUUUGGCUUUGGACCUGCAGUCACUGAGCAUAUCGCCAAGGCACAACACUAUGCCUGCUUUAGAUAUUUCCUUCACAUCUCCAGAAAUAACUUUUCCUGAGGUAGACACUGUUUUCAGAGCAGCACCACCAUCACUUCCAAACUAUGCAAAAAUGCUUGAAGCCACCCCAGCAGCCAUGCCUGAUAAUUCCACACAGGCACACUCACAAAAGAUCUCAAGAAGGGCCACUGAACCAAAAUUUCUUCGACAUCUGAAACCACCUCCCUGCAUUAAACCAGGGCCCCCAGGUGUAAUGAGCAUUCUGCAACAACUAGGUCUUGACAAGUAUGCUGAAAACUUUGAAGAAAAUGAGGUUGACUGGGAAGCAUUUGUGAAUCUGGACUCAAAAAGCAUCGAAGAAAUUGGUGUUAAAACGGAAGCAAACAGAGAAGCAUUACAGGAAGCCAUCAACCAACUGCAAAAACUGUAAUGAGUCCAGAAGUUUGCAAAAAAUGUCAGGUUGUACAAGCCAAGUUGGCAAUUUUUAU